AUGCCUCGCGACCUGUGUGAGUGUCAGGAAGGUCAGGAGGGCUGGGUGUGGGACCGCUUCGAGAGGAGCGUCCCCAUGUCCACCUACCUCGUCGCCUUCGUCGUGUCGGACUUUUCCUACAUCCCCUCCACCAGUGGCAAAGACACUCUCUUUCGAAUGUGGGCGCAGCCGUCAGCCAUUCGACAUGCUGAAUAUGUCAGUGAAGUCGGCUCAAAGAUUCUGGCAUUCUAUGAGUCUUACUUCAAUGUGUCUUACCCGCUCCCGAAAAUGGAUAUGGUGGCGGUGCCUGACAUAGCAGUGCGGGGCAUGGAGAACUGGGGUCUGAUUACGAUGAUAGACAGGUCAAUUCUAUACGAUCCUGACGUGGACUCAGCAAACCACAAGGACACGCUGCUCGAAGUCGUGGCCCACGAGCUGGCGCACCAGUGGUUCGGCAACCUGGUCACGCCCCGCUGGUGGGACGACCUGUGGCUCAACGAGGGAUUCGCUACUUUCGUGGCUUACAUCGGGAGCACAUAUGUAUGA